UGCCAUGUCUCGCGAGCGGCCCCCCCGCACCGACAUCCCCCGCAACCUGAGCUUCAUCGACGCGCUGACAGAGCGCGCCUACUACCGCAGCCAGCGGCCCAGGCUCGAGGAGGAGCCGGAGGAGGAGCCAAGCGAAGGCGGGACGCGCCUCGGGGCCCGAUCCCGAGCUCCCACUCCGAGUCGGGGGCGCAGGGCUCGCUCUGCGCCCGCCGGAGGCAGCGGUACCCGGGUGCCCCACAGCCGCAGCCCCGACACCCGUAAGAGAGUGCGUUUCGCCGACGCGCUUGGGCUGGAGCUGGCCGCGGUGCGCCGCUUCUGCCCGGGAGAGCUACCCCGGGUACCCCGCCACGUGCAGGUCCAGCUGCAGAGGGACGCCCUUCGCCACUUCGCACCGUGCCAGACCCGCGCCCGAGGUCUCCAGGAGGCGCGCGCUGCCCUGGAGCCGGCCAGCGAGCCUGGCUUCGCGGCCCGCUUGCGGGCGCAACGAAUCUGCCUGGAACGCGCCGAGGCGGGCCCGCUGGGCGUGGCCGGGAGCGCGCGCGUGCUGGACCUGGCCUACGAGAAGCGCGUGAGCGUGCGCUGGAGUGCUGACGGCUGGCGGACCCAACGUGAGGAGCCCGCCGCCUACGCCGGGCCUGCCCCGUCCCCGCCGCGCGCCGACCGAUUCGCCUUCCGCCUGCCGGCGCCACCCAUUGGUGGCGCCCUGCUUUUCGCCUUGCGCUACCGCGUUAUCGGCCACGAGUUCUGGGACAACAACGGCGGCCGUGAUUAUGCUCUCCGUGGGCCCGAGCACCCGGGCAGUGGUGGAGCCCCGGAGCUCCAGGGCUGGAUCCACUUUAUCUGAGACGCCUGCGGCCGACGGCGGAAAAAAAUCAAAGGCACUGGGGGGCUGGGGGAGCCCGAAGAUUUGGUGGGGAGGAAUGGGAGAAACCGAGAUUGGCGGGGAGCUGCCCUAGAGAGUAAAGCCCAGGAGGGCGAGGAGGAUGGGAGAAACCAAAGGGGUGUGGGGUGUGGGUAGAAUCAACGAAAGUCGGGGAGGUUGGGGUGGAUGUGAGUGGAGGAACCCAAGUCAUAGAAGGAGGGAGACGGAAAGGGUGCUGGAAGAUUAGAAAAGAAGCAAAAGGACGAUAGUGACGUUCUCUUCCGUGAGUGGGCACUGGGAGAAAGUGAGUAGGUCCGUCCGGCCUGGGCAGUCAAAGGUUGAGGGUAACUCUUUGGGACUGAGGACGUAUUUUGUGUGAACUAGGAGCCCACCACAGUUGAAAUCAUUUAGAUUGCUGGCUCAUUCCCUCUUCUUACUGGCCUUAGCCACCGCAGGUUCCCCAGCCCUGCCCAUCCUAGCUUUAACUCAGCCAUAAUUGCCUUGCUUAAGUCCCAGGAACUUGGCCAUUGCUCCCCAGCCCCUGACAUUAUGACAGGAUUCCCUUGUCACCCCUGCCAGCCCCUAGCUUCAGUCUUCACUGACUGGCUGGGGAGUGAUGGCAGGUAGCAUCAGAGCUCCUUCCUCCAGCCUCCAGGCAGCCCUGGGGAUGAAAAUGAAAGCAAAACCAACUCCAGGCUUGUCCUUGUAGCCAAAUAAUGUGGUGCCUAAGGGGUUGGUGCACUCAGGGGCUUCCAGAAAAAUGCCAGCCUUACCUUUCUGGGUGCCUUCUAAUGACCUCUAAGCACUUUAUGGACUGUAUUUGUCAAGAGACAGGUGAAUCACAGGAUUCCUUCUGCCACAGAAGAAAAGGAAGUCACUGACUAGCUGGAUAACUUUGGGCAAGUUACUUCACCUCUCUGGGCCAGAGUUUCCUCCUUGAGAAACUGCAUUUGGAUUAGGUGAUCUCUUAGGCCCCUUCUUUUUUUUUUUUUUUUUUUUUUUUUUUCAUGGUAAAGACUGCUUUAUUGGUGGCAGUUAGUACAAGUCAAUAAAUAUUGAUCCCCAAAUAACUCAAGUUAGUUAUCAGACUACUGGUCCACAGAGAGCUGAAUGGAGUUGAACCAACUGAAUGCUGGGAGGAUAAACUGAAGUCAACCCUGCUUCUUGGGGAAUGAAGCCACAGCCAGCUGAUAUAUGGCAUAUGCUGUUCCACCAACUGUAAGAAUCAUGGUGGCUCUAUACAGGAGGGCAUCAGCUAUCCCACCCUUUAGAUGCACUGGAAUUCCAUUAUCCUCCUGAAACAGCUUUUGUUUCUCUGGAACUUUAUUUUCAAACUGCCCGCGUGAAGCAGUACUUAUGGUCCUCUGGGCAAUCUGACGAAGAGCCAGCAGACUCCGCAGCAUCUUGCCUCCGUUACUGCCCACCAACCGCGAGAACUCUUAGGCCCCUUCUUGCUCUGACAUUUUAUGAUCUGUGAGGGGCAGAGUGUGGAUUAGAAGCCACAUUCUCCAGCCUACAGUUGGAGGGCUUACAGUUCAGAACACACAGCACCCCAAGCGUGUGGUUGGGCCUGAGAAUGGUUCUCCAGUUUUUGACACGUGUUCCAGAGCCCAGGAAGCAUCCAGUCUGCAGCAACCAGCCUGCAGCCUCAGGGUAUUCCAGGGCCUCUUUCAAACCACAGCUCAUCCUCUGCCCCUUGCUUUUGCUCUUGCCCCAACAGACUUCCAGCCUGGGUGCUAUGAGACAGCUUUGAGGAGGUGCCUCUCUAGGGGAAAAUGAUGCUUGGGAGCCCCCAAAAUGAAAGGAAACAAUGUUGGGGACUUUCUUGAGUAUAAAGGAUUAUAGGUAUAAGAAACGGAAAACAUUUCAAAUCAAGAAUCAGAGCACCUUGAAAAUUAAAUGGUACCAGAAGAUGGCAGUCUGCUCCAUACCUUGAGCAAGUGAAAUGGGGAAGCUGGGCUCUUCUACCCAUUCACAUUUAUGCCUUAUGUCUCUCCUGGUUAACCUCAGCUGGUUGUUUGUUUUUCCUCUCCUCUCACCCUAUGUCUAAGCUCUUUGCUUUUCUCUUUCCUUGUCGCCUUCUCAUCACUUUCAUUUUUCUUUUAGCAUAUACGGUAUUUACCUUCACUUUCUCUAUUUCCAUCUGCCUCCCUCUUCAUCCUUGUUGAUCUCUGCUAUUCCUUCUCCCUCCAGAAGGAGUGGAGAGCCUACUUCCUUUUCUCCAAGACCAUGGUUGAUCCACCUUCCUCCCUCAGGCUCCUUCUUGGCAGUCUUCUAGAAGGGAGAAGAGGGAAAAGAAGCAGUUCCUGAUGCCGCAGAUUAACAAGGAGCUCCCAGGUAACCAGCUCCCCACACCCGUUGCUAUCUGUUACUGAUUUCUCAAAAUUUUCUGGAUUCCCCUUUUAUCACUUAGUGAGAGAGGGUACACGCACACGUGCCCACAUAUGCAUUCAGAAUAGAGUAUGGGGCUUAUUACCAUGCCCCUCCUCUCCAAAUCUUUAAUCCUUUGAAGAAAAAUGGCUGAAAGAGAGAAACCCUGGGUCAUUCCUCAAACAAAUGCCCAUUUAAGCAUCAUCUUUACCUGGUGGAAAAAACAAAGAAUUUCAUGCAUCUUGUGGAUCACCCUCAGGUCAAAGUUCCAGCAGAGUGAUGAGAGAAAAUGUACUGAAAGCCACCAAGCAAUACACUUUUUAGUCACCAAUGAAGAGCCCAAGGGAGGAUAAUGGAGCGGGAGACUGGGUCAAAGCUCAGUGUGUGAUAAUCUCUUGCAUAAUGUGUAUGCAUUACUGUUAUGUGUAUCAGCAGUCGCAAGAGCUCACAUUUACUUACGUAGCCACUAAAAUCUGGUGUCUUGCAUGCUUUAUAAUCCGCAAAACAACCCUAUGAGUUGAGUAAUGUUAUUCCUGUUUUAGAGAGAAUUCAGAAAAGCUCAGUAAUUUGUGCAAGAUCACACAGCUAGUAAAUGGCAGAGCUAGGAUUGUGAACCCAGGAAAUCUCCAGAGCCUCAGUGCAUAACCAUGAUGUCAUAAUAUUAUCCUUUAAAAACAAAAUUAAAACCUUGCCAUUAAAAACAAAAACAAAAACAAAAACCUUGGCACAUACCAUCUCUUAUUAGGAAAAGACCACAGUUUCUAAUUGUGCUCUGCCUUCCCAUCCUCCCAGCCUCCCCAACUGGCUUGGAGAAGGCAAAGCACCAAGGGUCCCAAGCUUCAUCUGCUAUUUCCAGGAGCUUGCUGCUGCCUCCUGUGCCAGUGUCCCGGCUCUGCAGGAUCAGCAAGGAACCACUGCACCUGCGCUUGCUGGAGAACUUGGGAACCCAUCUGAACUCCAGCCUUGCCAUACAUUGGGAUUCUCUCCUGGCCCUAGCCAGUCCUCCACACUUGUUGGUAUGCUGUGCCCCUUCCUACUACCCCAACUAGCCUUGAGCAGGCCAACUCCCUAAAGUUUCCACUAGAAGGGUCCCUGACUAGGACAAUUGCUGGAUGGUCUGUGCUUGGGCCCUCUCUAGGAACCUGAGUAUUACUAAGCAGAUAAAUGCAAAUGGUUGGGGGCAGGGAACCAAGAAGAGUUCAUUGUUCCUGAGCUUUUUCUCUAAGAAGUACCAUGGCUCACCCAUGCCCCUAUUCUCAGCUUUACAGAGCCAAGACAUGAGUCUUCUGGUUCUUCCCAUACAGAGCUGCCCCAGGGCCUGGGGGUAAGCUGCUAGUCUAAUCUGACAUGGGAAACACUAGGAAUUUGGCAGAAACUUCAGAGAUUUGUCAUGUGUUAGGCGUUGUGGUGGGGACUUUCCUCUAAAGCCUGAUGACUGUACGAAUGGGGGCAAUUUAGGGUAUAACCUGCUAGCCAUGGACUGGGAAGGGCCAUAAGAGAAACCAUUACCAUGGUCAGGGGCUCGGGUCCUUGAAGCAACACAGCAGGAACACUCUUGCCCUUUCCUGUCAUCCAGACCUCAGAUGUCUUCCUAAGUAUUCUGACUGUUCCUUUGUUUUCUUUUAUGAAUAUAGCUUUUAUGAAUAUAUCAUUUCUCUUCACAAUAAGCCCUAACUCAACUUGCCAAUCUAAUCCCACAUUCCCUUGCUUCUAACUCCUGUGUUUCUCUGGAGCCCCUCUGGAUCCUUGCAAUCCGCAGGUCAUAGAAUCCAGAGACCUGAAAAGGCUUGUCUUUAGAGAUCACUGGGUCCAGACUCCUCUAGAGAUGAGGACACAGGUCCAGAGAUGAGAAGGGACCCCAGCAGGGUCAGAGAAUUUGUUAGUGCAACUCCAGAUGGGACUUAAACCCAGGCCUCCUGACCACCUCCCAUUCCCAGGCUAUGAAACAGGCCUCUCUCCACAGGGUCAGACCCACGAUUUUUCAUGGCAAGGGACACGUCAGAAAUUUUCAUUUUCUGCUUCUAGUUUCCAUUCCCUUCCCCGUCCAGGCAGAAAGAGAAACAAAAGGGACUGGUAUAUCCCCAGCCUUGGCACUUCUUUCAGUGAUAUCGCUGAAGAACAGUGAAGUUGCUAAAACAAACAACAACAACAAAACAACAACUGAAUAAUCUACCCAUUGAAUAGCUAACCUGGAGAGGAAAUGAAAGUUUGCUAUGUGAAUCCCCCUCAAACCACCGUUCUCAUCAGACCCUUCCCGAGCCUCCCCACCCUCUUCACAGUGCAGCUCUGUACACUGGGCCCCAGACCCACUCGUAUUGUGCCUCACUUCAGCCUCCUCAUGCAACUGCUCUCCCUUCUGGAUAAAAGACCUCGUAUUUGAAAUAAAGUUGAAAUAUGAAA